AGGCCAUUGACAGACCAAGAUGGGUUUCUCAGAUGCGGAUAUGAUGGGGAGGGGAGGUAAGACGGGGUCCGGCCGUCAGUCAUCGGAGAGUCAGGAGAAUCAGAUGCGACGAGAGCGCCUGCGUAAGCUUGCGCUCGAGACGAUCGACCUGAACAGGGAUCCCUACUUCAUGAAGAACCACCUUGGAACUUACGAGUGCAAGCUCUGCCUGACGAUCCACACGAAUGAAGGAAACUACCUGGCGCACACUCAAGGCAAGAGGCAUCAGCAGAACAUCGCCAGAAGGUUGGCCAAGGACGCCUAUGAGCAGGGGCUCGGGUUUCAGCCAGCCGCACCCAAGGAGAUGAAGGUGCAAAGGAAGUCAGCGAAGAUCGGUCGUCCCGGCUACAGAGUGACGAAGCAGCGGGAUCCGGAAACAGGACAGCGAUCCCUCCUGUUCCUCAUUGACUACCCCGAGAUCGAGCAGGGACUGCAGCCGCGACACCGCUUCAUGUCUGCCUACGAGCAGCGAGUGGAGCCGGCGGACAAGAACUACCAGUACAUCCUGGUGGCGGCGGACCCGUACGAGACGAUCGCGUUCAAGGUUCCCAACCAAGAGAUUGACAACUCCCCCAGCAAAUUCUUCACCAACUGGGACUUUGACACCAAGACCUUCACCAUGCAGGUAGACCCCAGCUGA